AUGCCUGCUGGUUCACCGAAGUCCUUGUGUCGUCCUAGCCAACCACCUGUCAACCCUCCUGAGGAGUUUGUGCAGGCUGAGAUGAAAACCCCGGUUCCUAAGGAAACUCAGGUGCCACGAGCUUUGCAAGAUGAUGGUUCUGGACAUCACCCUCGAGGUUCCUUGGAAGAUCCAAUCAGGGAAGAUGUGGUGUCUGAAGUUUUGAGAUCAGCUAGCCCAAAUGGACCAAACGUCACACCCGGUCCAACACCACCUGUCAGUGUGCAAACCCCAUUGUUCACCGAUGAGCAAGUUGCCCAGUUGUUGAGACUGCACAACCAAGCUCCUUGGCUCUAUGGUGGCAUGACCAUGGGAAUCACACCACAGGUGACACGUCCUGCAUUUCUGCCGACAGAAGAAGAUGUAGGAUCACAGUUUGUGAGAAGUAGGCAGUUUCAAGAACGAAUGGAAGCUGAAGAAAUCAGAAGGAAUAUGGAGAUGGUUUUAGAAGAGAACAGGCUGUUGAAAGGUAGGCUAGCUCAGUUGGAAUCGAAAGUUUUGGAUGAGCCACGUUUUUCAACCCCUGAAAGUCAGAAGGGUGUCGAUGAAGUGCAGCCACCAAGAAAGGAGGCUGCAGACCCCCAUUUGUCAGGUCAACCACAGAAAGGUUUCAAGGAGGCUGAGACCCCCACGAAAGUGCAGGAGGAUGGGCCCAGAGGCCAGCAAGGUUUCAAGGAGGCUGAGACCACCACAGAAGCUGAGGACGGGCCCAGAGGCCAACAAGAAAAAGCGUAUGGAACCGAUCCCAUAGCCCAAAAGAACAUGGAGUUCAUGGUGUUGAUGGUUGAAACUAUGAGGGAGCUUCAAAAGAAGGUACAGGAGGGAAGGGAAGACGCUGGAACGGUGAAAGGCGUUGAAGUCAUUCGUCAUGGAGGUCCAGAUCUCCCACUACUUCCUGCCUGGAAUCCUUCGCAGGGACCGUUGCAGCUGGGGGACUGGCUGUUGCUGUUGGGACCAGUGGUGUCUGAUCUCACCACAACAAGUGAGGAGUGGUGGCAACUUAUGACCAAGUCAACAGAAGAAUGGUAUCAACAGCACAUGGCUAUGAACCCCAUUCAACGACUUCAACAUGCUGCAACGCCUCCGUCAUCUUUGCAACAAGAACGAUGGCAGAGACUUGAACGGAGGAUGUCGUCCAUGCUGUUGCAAAGUGUCACAGAAAAUGUUAGAGAAGAGCUGAUUGCAUCGAGGAGGUUGGACGUUUUUGGAGUCCUAACCCAUCUCUACCUCGUCUACUGCCCUGGAGGAGUUAUGGAGAAACAGACUCUGCUGAAAAGUCUUGAGGAGCCAGCAGAGGUCACUGUGUUGAGCGAGGCGCCAAAUGCCUUGAGACGAUGGAUGAGGUGGAGAUCAAGGACGCAGGAGAUUGGGGCCAUAGCUCCAGACCCAGCCCUUCUUCUGAAGGGCCUGAACAGAAUGACCAGGCGAGUUUUGGAUGCUCACAAAGACCUUAAAUUUAGAGUGUCCCUUGCAAGAUCGACCUUGGGGGUAGACACAACCCCUACAGAGACCAAUGUUGGCCAAUUAGCCACACACUUGUUGGCGGAGUUCGAACAAGCAUCGCUGACAGAGAAGAAGGCAGGAACAGGCAACAACAGAAACGAAGCAGUGAAGCUGAAGAGUCUGGAGGCUGAGAAAAGCGAGAAAGGCAAAGGGAAAGGAAAAGACAGGUCAGAGAGGUCACACGAGGAGGAGUCAGGAAAGGCCAAAUGCCGUUUCUUUCUCACAGAUCAAGGGUGUAGGAAAGGGCGAGAGUGCUCCUUCUCCCAUGAGCUCAAAGAUGAGAAGAAGCGGUGCUACGUCUGCGGCAGUCCAGAGCACUUUGCACCGUCAUGCUCAAGACCUAAGAUCCCUGCAAAUGGAAGUGAAGGAAGCCCCCCGAAGCCGCGACAGAUGAAGGUUGAAGUGGAGGGAAAGAGCAGUGCCAAGGAUUCAGACUCGUCCUCAGUCUCCAGUCAGGAGUCAGCUAUGAAAGACCUGAUCGAUGAGGCCAACAAAGUUCUGAAGUCCUUGAAUCCAACAUCGAGCACUAUGACUUCUAUGCCGGUGAGCGCACCGACAACAAAAGAAGCUGACGUCAGAAGCGAGGUGAUGGAUCGUCUUCAGCAACAACUUGAAGCUAUGAGAUUGAAGCCAUUGCGACUUCAGAGCAUGUCGUCAAACUCGGUCUUGGGUUUGAUCGACUCAGGAGCUACACAUCCACUGAGGCCUCUGAGAGACAGCGAAAAUGAUGAGAACUAUGCCAUGGUCGAAGUUGCCCUGGCUGACGGGGCAACUACAAGACUGAAGAUGAGCCCAGGGGGAGCUAUGAUUUCUCCCAACAGUCGAGUCCAGCCAAUUGUGCCUAUGGGACUUCUGGCAGAAGUCCUCAACUGCACCAUUGACUGGAAGGGAGGAAGCCUUCAAGUCCACCACCCUCAACGAGGAGCACUGCCUGUUGUGAGCUCGGAGCGAUGCCCUCAAGUUCCGAGACAGUUGGCGUUGGAGCUCAUCAGAGAAAUGGAGGAUGUCAAAAUGGGUAUCCCUCAACAAGUUCAAGGUUUUGAGGCUGAGGUGACAUGGAUGAAGUCAUUGAUCGAAAGCCAUCCAGUUUUGGCUUCUCUUCCAGGCUGGGUGAAAGAGCGACUUGUAGUAUCACCAGGAGAAUGGGCAGAUCUUCCGGUGAAUAGAAGAUUGAGGAAGAUGAUGAGGCGAGAAGGAUUUGCAGUUCACAUGUUUGCCGGUGAGUCGACAGGAUUCACACUGGCGAGGGCUCUACAACAACUUGGAGCAAAGGAAGGUUGGUUGCUUGAGCUUGACAUUCAGAGAGGAGAAGGACAUGACCUGCUCCGAGACAAAGGAGCAUACUCAGGGCUGCUUAGAUGUGCCCUUGAAGGGAAGAUCAAAGCGAUUGUGAGAGGACCGAACUGCCGCUCGAGAAGUGUUCUCCGACAUCGGCCGAUAGAAGGACGCCCUGAUGCACCAAGACCUAUCAGAGAGUGGGGAGGAGGUGAAUAUGGGAAGUCUGAUCUAACUCAGGCCGAAGCCAAGAUCCUUUUGGAAGAUGACGUCUUGCUUUGGAGGAUGGUGUUCUUGUACAUGGUCUCUCACUAUGUGGCCAAAGCUCGAGGCAUUGAGCAGGAAGUGCAGUUCAGCCUGGAGCAGCCUGCGUCCCCAAAGGCAUACAACAAGGAGGUUGUCAGCUUUUGGGACACUAAAGAGUGGGAAGCCUUGAAGCGAGAAUUUGGCUUCACCGAAGAAACUUUUGAGCAGGGACGUCUUGGAGGACUUUCCACCAAACCAACGACCUUUGGAGGGACGUUGAAACUGGAUGUGGAAGGUCAUCAAAUGAAGAAAGGAAGAAGUUCUGGAAAGGUAUCUGACUCAAAGCAGCUUGCGAGGUGGGGCCCAGGAGUGAUGUCAAUGGUGGCAUCUGCCUUGAUGGAACAAGUUUACCACAAAACACCAAAGCUGCGAGAACUGUCAUGGAGCGAACAUGUGAUGUUUGGACACAUACCUCACAGGAGAGACUGCAGAGUGUGCCAAGAAAGCCAGCAGAUCUCCGACCAACACAGGAAGAUUCCAUAUCCUCUUGGUGCCACUUUGUCAGUUGACGUUGCAGGGCCCUUGAAGAAGGCGUACGACAGAGGUGGAGGUCAAGCACGAUACAUGCUUGUAGGAGCCAUGACAUGGCGAUUUCCCAAAGGAUUGGUGAAGAUGAAGCAGCCCCCAGAUGAGGAGUUGGAAGAAGACGCCCCAGAAAUCGAGGUUCGAGCUGCUGAAGAACUUGAAGAUGCUGGUGAGGCCCUGGGUGGAGGAGACCCGGGUGAGCCCCCAGCUGGCCAAGCUGGUGACGCAGAGUCGGGUGGAGGAGACCUGGUUCGGCGCCCAGCCGGCCCUGACGGCGACGCAGAGUCGGGUAGAGGAGACCUGGUUCGGCGCCCGUCAGGAGCCCCUGGCCAUGAAGAAAAGGAAGAAGAGCAGCCGGGCCCAGCGAUCGAAGGCCCAGACAUUGAAGAAACCGAAUUGAGGGUGUUUCGUCUGGGCUUGCCAAUGGUGACAAAGACGUCACGUGAAGUGGCCAAAACUACGAUGGAGUUCGUCUUGAAGUUGAAGGCAGAUGGAUUUCAUGUGAACAGAAUCCAUACCGACCAAGGGCAUGAAUUCGGAACACACUUCCGAAACUGGGCCAGAGACAGAGGUAUCAUAGUCACUCGAACCCCUGGAGACGACCCUCGAGGAAAUGGAAGGGCCGAAUCAUCUGUCAAGGCCGUGAAAUGCCAGGUGAGAAAGGCACUUCGACAGGCACACGUUGGAGCUGAAUGGUGGCCUUGGGCAUUGCGCUAUGUCGGGGAGUUGAAUCGUCUGGUGAGGCUUGACAAGAAGCCUGACUUUCCGAGGUUCCUGCAAGAAGUGAGAGUGAGGAAAAGAUCAUGGAAGAAAUCAAGCAUGGAGGUCGGCGUGGAAAAGGUUUUGUAUUUGGCUCCAGCACCAGAAGAACAUGGCCACUGGGUUGUGAAAAAAGGAGAUCCACCCAGGCUGACGAAAAGCAUUUUGAGGAUGACAACAGAGCCGGAGGAUGAGAAUCAGUGGCUGGCUUUGGAAAGAGAAUUGAUGGAUGCCUGGACGGUUCGGAGAAGGUUGCGAGACAAGUCCACGGUCAAGAAGUUGGAAGGGUUUGAGGAUCCAGAAGAAGAUAGGAAAGAUGAAGUUUUGAAGAGAAACAGUCGGAUCGUCGAGCUCAUCGAGGAAGAAAUGAAGAAGAUGGUCGACGAUGACCCAGAAAGCGUUGUGGACGAGAUGGUUUUGAUUGGAGCAUUGAGAAAGAUGAUUGAAGUGCCUGAAGACCAUGAAGAGGUACUUCAGACAAGGAUCAUCUCUCCACGAGAAGUGUCGAGCCAAUGGCACAACUGGCUACCAGCCAUCAAUGCAGAAGUGCAUUCGCUGGUGGAAGAGAAAGGAGCACUGAAGAUUUUGAGUCCAGAGGAGGUUGAGGAGUUGAAGAGGGAGGCAAAAGAGAAGGGGCAGAAGAUCGAGUGUAUCCCAUCCAAAAUGGUGUACACUUUGAAGCCAGGCAUGGAUGGUGGCCGAAAGAAAGCGCGGCUGGUUGCAUGUGGAAAUUUUGAAGAAAAGAAAAAGGAUGAAUCCACAUACUCCAGCGGUGCAGAUGCCGCAGCAUUUCGCAUCAUGAUAUGGAUCUCAGCUCGAGUCCUGGCAAGCCUGCUGUGGAGUCUCCUGAGAGAUCAAACCAUGAGAGACUUCAGAAUCCAUGCUCUUGAGAAUGGUCAAGAGAAAGUUUUGGUUCUGCUGCAGCUGAAUUCAGAGCCAAACCUAUGGAAGAUAGCUGUCCAGGGGGAGGAAGAGGAGCCCACUAUGACCAAUGGCAUGAUGCGAGGACUAGUGAUGUCCUAUGUUGAUGAUCUGUUCGUCACUGGUCCGAGCUAUGUGGUCGAAGCAGUCAAAGCCAAGUUUGAAGAAACCUGGGCUACUUCCAAGCCCGAAUACGUGGGUGAACAUCCAGUCCGGUUCUUGGGGAUGGAAGUGAAGAAGGAAAGAAAGGCAGAGGACGAAAGGGAGGUGUGGUAUGUCACUCAGGAAUCCUACAUCUCUGACCUCCUCUCCAAAGAACAUGGACUCAAAGAACGAAAAAUCCCAAUCUCUCGGGAUCAAUCCUUGAUGGAAACCACUGCUGAUCCGCCAACAGCAGAACAGAUCAAGCAGUGUCAGAAAGAAGUUGGAGAAGCAUUGUGGCUAGUCACGCGAACCAGGCCAGAUCUAAUGUUUGCAGUUAGCCGUAUGGGCUCCAACAUCACCAAAUCAGCUGACGCAGUUUUGGAGGUGUCGAGACAGCUGAAAGGCUAUCUGCUGAAAACAAAGGAAGAAGGGUUGAAGUAUGAUGAAAGCCCUGGAAAGCCCAUUGCCGUCAAUGCGUUUUCUGACGCAUCCUUCGCCCCAAUCGUGGAGGCCAUGGGAGCGGCUGAGUCAAUCUCAGUGAUCAUUGAAGAGAUCUAUGAAGAAGUUGAAAAGAUCGCUUGGAGCGACAGCCAAGCGGCGGGUCUGACUUUGGUGGCGGAUGUUGGGACGAAGGCAGUCAGUGCCAACCGACUUGAAGCUUUGAAAGAAUUGAUGGGGAUGGGCAGAAGCUCAAAAUCCUCGGACCGAGCUGGCGACGCAGAGUCGGGUGGAGGAGACCUGGUUCGGCGCCCAGCUAGGCGAGACGGCGACGCAGAGUCGGGUGGAGGAGACCUGGUUCGGCGCCCGUCUAACGCCCAUGGUCCAGAGGAAGAAGAAUCAGAAAAGAAAAGAGAAAAGGCGGUCAACGCCAUCAGAUUGGUCAUCUUCAUGGCCAUGCUGACAGGAGCCAAAGGACGAAGUCUCCCCAUGCGCGAAGAUCGAGAAGAGAUUCAAGAAAAUACACAACCAGAAGCUGGAGGCGCUGGCGGUGAGUUGGGGUCGGGGAGUUCAGCUGAACACCUGGUCCGCCUCCCGCCAGGGGGCCGGGAGGAGCACCAACAGCUCUCCCAACCUGAAGGCGAAACAUCCAGUUCAUCAGACUGGUCUUCAGGUGGUCCCAGCCCAGCUGAAGGAACUUUGGAGCGAAGAAUUGAGGAGGAAUUGCUGAAGAUUGCAGAAGAAGAAGCUGAGCUUUGGCAUCAGAUACGCCAAGUUCCGCUACCACCAGUGUUGAUAGAGAAAGUAGAAGAAAGAGAAGAAGAGGGACUGAGGUUUCCAAUUUUCAGGACGAAGUUUGGAGUGGUCUAUCAUAGCACUCUGACCUGUAAACAUCUUCAAGGAGUCCGAGUGUCAUUGCCCCGAGAGUUCAAGUGGUGCCAAGAUUGCCGACGUGUGGCGCUUCAAACUAGAGGGCGACCGCCUCCUGGAACUCCAGUCAUCUUGUCAGUUGAAGGAAAUGCAGCACAUACUGAUAAGAGAUGCCCAUGGGUCCGAGAUGCCAAAUCGACCCCCUUUUGCCUCACAUGUCAAGAAAGAGAAAGGGUAGGUUGA